UAGAAUUACAGGAUCAUCAAGCCGCAGCAGACAUAACAGUUUCAAUUCAGUUUGAGCACUUGCAGACAUGGAUUUUGUGGAUGCAAGACGGAAGAGCCAAUUUCCUAGAAAAAUUCUGUUGGCUGCUGGCUUUAUUACACUAUUUAUAUUUGUCUUCAAGAAAUCACCAAGUUUCGGUGGUGGCUCUGGCAAGUUCUCUCAACACGAGCCUGGUGUAACUCAUGUCUUAGUAACUGGAGGUGCUGGCUACAUAGGUUCUCAUGCUACCCUUCGACUUCUAAAGGAUUCAUAUCGUGUAACAAUUGUGGACAACCUAUCUCGUGGAAAUCUUGGGGCUGUUAAAGUUCUACAAGAACUGUUUCCAGAGCCUGGAAGGCUCCAGUUUAUUUAUGCUGAUCUAGGAGAUGCAGCAGCAGUCGACAAAAUAUUUUCUGGCAAUGCUUUUGAUGCUGUGAUGCAUUUUGCAGCUGUUGCAUAUGUUGGUGAAAGUACAGCUGAACCUCUAAGAUAUUAUCACAACAUUACAUCAAAUACCUUACUACUGGUGAAGGCAAUGGCUGCCCAUGGUGUAAAGACAUUAAUUUAUUCAAGCACUUGUGCAACAUAUGGAGAACCUGAAAAAAUGCCUAUUACAGAAGACACUCCUCAAGUCCCUAUUAACCCAUAUGGCAAAGCAAAGAAAAUGGCUGAAGAUAUUAUAUUGGACUUCUCAAAGACUUCUGACAUGGCUGUCAUGAUCUUAAGGUACUUUAAUGUGAUCGGUUCAGACCCUGAUGGACGGUUAGGAGAAGCUCCACGACCAGAAUUGCGUGAGCAAGGUCGGAUAUCUGGUGCUUGUUUUGAUGCGGCCAGGGGGAUUAUUCCUGGACUAAAGGUUAGAGGAACAGACUAUAAAACUUCAGAUGGCACCUGUAUCAGAGACUAUAUUGAUGUCACUGAUUUGAUAGAUGCGCAUGUCAAAGCUCUAGCUCAUGCAACUCCUGGUAAAGUUGGCAUAUAUAAUGUUGGCACGGGGAAAGGCAGUUCAGUGAAAGAAUUUGUAGAGGCUUGUAAAAAGGCAACAGGAGUGGAUAUAAAGGUGGAAUACCUUGCUCGCCGGCCUGGCGAUUAUGCUGAAGUCUUCAGUGAUCCUUCCAAAGUCAACCGUGAAUUGGGCUGGUCAGCAAAAUACAAUCUUCAAGACAGCUUGUCAAUUGCAUGGAAAUGGCAAAAGGCACACAGAAACGGUUACUCCAAUUGAUACAAUGAAGCUCUUGGAAGCUUGUCUGAGCGAUACUUUUGGGCAUCGAUCAGUAUUUACUCUGAGGCUGUUAUGCUUCAGCAACAUUCCCUAGGUUCUCAUUAUCAUUUACCCCUUCUUGAUAGCUUGUUCCACUAGCUAUUUGCCAACUGAUAGUCAUACCAGCUAGCCUUUAACAUUACUGUUUUAGUGCAAAGCAAGUAGAGUUGCUUCAUGGUAGUUGACUUGAGUCCUGAAAUACAGUUUCAGAAGGUUCAAGAUUUUGAUAGAAGCUGGAUGGACAAAGAAAUUAUACGAAUUAGCAAAA